AUGAGGAAGCAGAGCGUGCGCACAGCCGCGCUCAUCCUGUGCAUCUUGUCCUACCUGCUGGUAGGCGCCGCCGUCUUCGACGCGCUCGAGUCCGAGGCGGAGCGCGGCCGCCGGCGGCUGCUGGCCCAGAAGCGCGGCGAGUUCCGGAGGAAGUACGGCUUCUCGGCCGAGGACUACCGCGAGCUGGAGCGCCUGGCGCUGCAGGCCGAGCCGCACCGCGCCGGCCGCCAGUGGAAGUUCGCCGGCUCCUUCUACUUCGCCAUCACCGUCAUCACCACCAUCGGGUACGGCCACGCCGCGCCGGGCACGGACUCGGGCAAGGUCUUCUGCAUGUUCUAUGCGCUCCUGGGCAUCCCCCUGACGCUGGUCACCUUCCAGAGCCUGGGCGAGCGCCUGAACGCGCUGGUGCGGCGCCUCCUGCUGGCGGCCAAGCGCUGCCUGGGGCUGCGGCGGCCGCGCGUGUCCACCGAGAACAUGGUGGUGGCCGGGCUGCUGGUGUGCGCCGCCACCCUGGCCCUCGGGGCCGCCGCCUUCGCGCACUUCGAGGGCUGGACCUUCUUCCACGCCUACUACUACUGCUUCAUCACGCUCACCACCAUCGGCUUCGGCGACUUCGUGGCGCUGCAGAGCGACGAGGCACUGCAGAGGAACCCGCCCUACGUGGCCUUCAGCUUCCUCUACAUCCUCCUGGGGCUCACGGUCAUCGGCGCCUUCCUCAACCUCGUGGUCCUGCGCUUCCUGGCGGCCAGCACCGACGCGCCCCCGCGCGCCGCCCGCCGCCCCAGCCCGCUCCGCCCGGGGGCGCCCGAGAGCCGCGGCCGCUCCCCGCCCCGCCGGCCGGCGAGCGCCGGGGGCUCCACCUCCGUCUCCUCCCGCGUGCACCAGCUGCAGAUGGGGGCCCGCGACAACCUGGGCUUCUCACCCCCCUCGAGCCCUGGGGCUGUGGGCGGCGGCAGCAGGGCGGGCAGGCCCCCGGCCCGGCGCAAGUCCAUCUGACAGCCCACCUCGGGCCGGGGCCCGGGGUCACCUGUCAGUGCACCUUCUCCAGAGCCUGGAGAGGGGUGAGCGGCCGUGGCCUCACGGCCGUCUUCACCCACAAGCAGUCUGUCCUUCCCCUCUGUGGCCAGCCCCUCGCUCCUCUCCCA